UAUCCCAAUUUGUGAUUAGCUAUAGGGCUAGCAGUGCUUGUCAUAUUUAGUAAACCAUGCUUCUUUCAUGCAGACGUUUCUGAGGGGAUGAUCCAAACACCAAGCGUACAAUAACACCGUUGUGCUAUUCCUUUAAGACAGCUUAUCUUGGUCCCGUCCAGCAUUGAGAAACUCGACUCACUCUAAUGAAGUCUCACCACGACGGUAUUGUCUGAUUUGCCAGGGAUGUUGAUUCGCGCACACAUGCUGCUUCCUCCCUUAUCAAGUCGGUAAAUAGAUGUAUUGAUGAUGAAACAACUAUGCUGGAUCAGCCCACCCGCUGUGUUCUGUGAAAGAAGUGGGUUGAAACCACUGCGAGCUUCAAUGGAAUUGUGGUUGUUGUACUGGUCCCAGGGCCAACGUGACUGUAUUUUGUGAAGUUGGACUGCAUAAAACGCUCUGUCUACACUCACAUUUGUUCAUAGAGAAGAGCUGAGCUUGGUCUGCGGGUAGCUACGACACACUCUGUGCGACCUCUCAGCGUCUCAUGAGCGGCCUGCCUGUGUACUUUGGUGUCACCAACUUUAGUUGAGGGUCCUUGAUAAAUAGCAAUCGUUGAGCGUAUAUGAGACGACGGACGACAAGCAGCCUCCGGCAGCCAGGUUUCUUCGCUUUUAUUUUCUAGAUACUACCGCCCUGUAAGCUCAUUUGACCGGAACGUAGAUCCUUGAUUUACCUCCAGCCGAACCACCUUCAUAACGAAUUGACAGAGAGAUGCUAGUGUCAGAGAGACCUUUUACCAACUUGCUGAUUGUAUUGUGAAACCAAUGCGUUAGGUGUACCUGUCAAUGCUGUAUAUGUAUGUACAGUACUUAUCGCCCUGGGGCUCUCAGUGCGAUUUGGUGAUCGGCAUUUCAACUUUGCUGAGUACUCGGUGCUUACCGACCGAGUAACGCCCUCCCGAGUCAUUACACAUACCUCGAGGUCUUUCAUUAGUAAGCAGCAUCCUACGGCAUCAACUCGUGAUUAAAGAGAGCGGUCGGAGACGGCGUGUGUCCGUUAAAGGGUGGCGUACCUGUAGAAACACAACUCAUUACCAGAUUGACUGGACGUGUAUAUCUAACACACAUCUUAUUGAAUCUAGUGUACAAUACAAGCCCAUCACUAACAAUAUUCAGAGGUGCUGGGAUGUCUUUUCUCAAUCUUGCUCUCACAUGUCAAAUGAUGAAUUGGAGAACUUUCCAAGUGGUCCGGGAGAUGCUGAUAGUUGCGUGUUUGUUAGCGUUUGUAAUGCCAUCAACACAUGCAGCCAGAAAGAGCCAACAUGAAAUCCCUAUCAUAGCAGAGCCAGAUACACCACACUCAAGGGGCAUUCCAGGUUGCAUAUUUGACGAAGUUUUCUAUGAUCUUGACACGCACUGGCAUCCAGACCUUGGCUUUGGUGAAAUGGCAUGCAUGGACUGUGAAUGUAUACCGCAUGCCAAAGAUGGACGUCUGACAGGAAGAGUAAAUUGCCGCGAUAUUAAGAAGGAUUGCGUGGAACCUGCAUGUCCGGUUGAUGUUGAACCUGUUCUCUUAGAAGGCGAAUGCUGCAAGUCAUGCCCAUCUAACAGUGGCAGUGGCAGUACUAAACCAGAAGAAGGUGGUAAACCAAGCCGUGAUAGACCAUCAGGCUUUUCUGAUGAUACAAUAAGUACACCAUUUACUGGAGAAGUCUAUGUUGCUAUGCUGACUGGCACACUGAUUGAUAUAAGAACUAAUGCUGUUGCGAGAGCAUCACUUUCAUUACUGGAGGAAACACUCUAUUACUCAAUCAUAUUCAGAAGAAUGGAUCAACCUACUAGUUUGGUGUUUACAGAUGCAUUGAAUAAUACUCUGCAUUUCAUUGACAUUGAGGAAGGCACUGAAAUGAUAUGUGGUCAGUGGAAAAACAUUCCUCAGACAUAUAUCCAGUAUCUUGAGAGUAAACUACUCUUUUUGACUUUAGCAACAACAUCUCAUCCUGGAGGAGAAGUCCGAGGUCGAGUGAUGAGACAUCGAGCUUUGGAAGAUGAAUCUUUCAGUGCUUUGCUGACGCGUAAAGAUAAAGGGAAUGGGAGAUCUCGUAAGACUACAGAUCGUCUUGGAUCUGGAGGUGUGAUGAUGGUUGCUGUAACAGGCAAUGGAGACCAGCUGGACUUUGCCACUCUGGUAGAUGGAAUCACUGAAAACACUGAGCGGUCACAAGAAGUUACUUUUAUAUUGCAACUGAAGAAAGGCAGAGAUGUGGUCAAAGAAACGCGCAAGACGGUUCUUCCUGAUGAUUUGGAUAUCGCUGAUGUAUGGGACAAUUUAGCAACCAAGAUGCAGAAGAGUAUGGCAAGAGGUCAAUUAACAAUCAGUAUCAUGGUAGAGGGACAAGAUGGAGAACUGGCUGGUCCUCUCACACCAAUGUCGUCAUGCAACACUUUACAUGCUGUUUUGUCUGGAAGUCAAGCUCUGGAUAGACCUAAAGCCACUGGGGCAAGUGGCUCAGCUAUAAUCAGUGUAGACGACAAAGGAAAUAUCAAGUAUAAGAUUUUGUUGACUGGGUUAAGGACAAAUGUGGUUGGCUUGACAAUAGAAGGUGAUCCAAAGAAUCGACGUAAGCGUCGCAUUGUUGCUGACAUAUUGAAAGACUACAGAGAUGGCCAGGCUUCUGGGAAAUACAGUAAGGCUAAAGCUAAGGAGAUUCAUCAACUCUUACACGAUGGCUUGUACAUCAAUGUAGCAACUGAGGCUUACGAAACAUCAGAGUUACGUGGAAAGAUAUCAUUGCUUCCAUAUUCAACAUCUCUUGCAAACUACAAAGGAAUGCCAGUGCAGCUUUCAGGCAGUAUAAUCAAUCCACCACAGCUAACUGGUGCUGGAGGCCAUGCCUUCAUGGUACUGGAUUCAUCUUGUGCUUUACAUUAUCAAGUAUCUGUAGUGGGACUGAAUGGAGAUGAAGCCCGGGUACCAGAUGGAACUGUAGAUCACAUAUUUGCUGAGAUUGGAGAUAUUAAUGGGGACCAGUUUAUCGUCAGACAUGUCUUAAAUGAAGUCCAACGAAAUCUGGCCAGUGGUGUCCUAAAUGAUGUGUCAUCAUCCUUGUUAGAAGCUAUGGAUAAUGGUAAUGCUUUCAUCCAAGUUAGCUCCAAGAAUCAUCGAGAUGGGGAAAUCCGUGGAUUGGUGGUGCUGCCAAAUAGCUGCUACAGCACAGCGGCUACUGGAUCUCGUCUGCCAUUUGAUCGACCUGCAUUGAUUGAGGAUGAUGCUUCACAUGGUGGUAGUGUAGAGUCACUUCCUAAUUCUUGUUUCUUUGAGAAACGUUUUAGAACAUCAGGCUCUACAUGGUCUCCUGAAUACGAUCCUACAUGUGCUACUUGUACAUGUAAAAGAGGUGUAGUGAUAUGUGAUCCAGUGGUUUGUCCCCAGCUUGCUUGUACUGACCCAAUCAGCAUCAACGGAGAGUGCUGUCCAGUCUGCCCUUUGCCAGCGGAGGAGGUGUAUCAAGAUACAGACAGUUGUUUUUUUGAAGGCGAUAAAAAGUAUCACAGUAUUGGAUCUCAAUGGCAUCCAUUUGUGCCUCCGUUUGGCUACAUACAAUGUGCUAUCUGCACAUGCCUCUCCGGAGGCCAAUAUGACUGUCAGAGGGUACAAUGUCCUAAACUAGAAUGCAAGAAACCAGUGCGGAUUAACCUGUCUGACUGCUGUCAAACAUGUCCUGAAGAGCCUUCUACAACUCCUGAGCCUGCUGAGAGUGACGUCAUUCAAGCUGAUGAAGUAGAAAGAGGAUGUUCAUUCCAAGGAGAUUUCUACAGGAAUGGUGAAGAAUGGCACCCAAAUAUUCCUCCCUUUGGGACCUCCUACUGCGUCAAAUGCAGAUGCAAAAACGGCUCAACGAAAUGCAAGAAGAAGAACUGUCCCAAAUUAUCAUGCGAAGAAACAACAGAGAUCAAGGGUGAAUGUUGUCCAGUGUGUGCAGAUGGAAGUAGUAGUUUAUUAACAACACUUCUGCCCUCCCUAGCAACAAGGACACCCUCAUCAGACGAGGAAAGAAAAUACAGAUGGAAGCACUAGUCUGAGUAAUAUAGCACGCAAACAUGCUAACAUACAGUUAGGCAAUAGCAAUUCGCAUUAUUUAUCAACAUGGUGUAAGACGACAUUAAACAAAAGUGUUUUCAGAGAAAGUUAUUGUCAUUUUAAAUCUUGUAGUUUUCAGGUUGAGUUCUGAAUAACAUAUGCUUCAUGUAUGUUAUUGGUAAACUAUAUAACUGGCAUAAUGACAGGGCUAUAACAUCACAAUUAAAACAAACAUUCACAUAGUAUAGUUGUGUGCUCUACAGACAAGUCUUUAUUCAAUAGAUAGUGACAUAAUAAAUUGUUUGUAUUUUUAAAGCUAAUUAUUGUAAAUUUAAACAAAAUUUGACCAAAAAGUUUUUGUAAAUACUAACUUAUUUAAGAGUGUGCGGCGAAAUCUAUGAGAUGGCUUGUAUGAAUUGGUGUUUUUUAUUUGAUAAUAUACUCUUAAGUUCCUUUAAUGGCAUGGCUGCUAGUACAGUUAGUUUGUACAGAUGUGAUAAACAUUACCUACCAUUCAUAAUGGAUUAAAGUCACAGGUCAUGACCCCUGUUCAGAGUAUGUCACAGGUUAUGACCCUUCGUAUGAUUAGGGACAAUUUAUAAAAGUUUCACACCUUUAAGAACAUCCCUCUUUCCCUAAAUCUCUUAUAAAUACAGAACCCAAUUGUAUGGGAAUUGUACAUGACCCUUCUCUAUGUACACUGGUUCUCGUGGUGUACUUGGGUUGAGACCAUUAGUAAUGUACUGGCCAAUGCAGCUUCUUUGACUGUGUACAUGUAAUGACUGUAUUAUGGCAAAUUUCAAGAAAAUACUAUGUGAAACUGUUACGAAUGGUAUGUUGACGUUGAUUUUAUCUGCUAGAUUAAGUCGACACUAUAGGGAUAAAUACCGGUAUAUUGGCGUAGAUUCCAUUCAGGCACGAAUUUGUCUGUGAUUUAGUUGUCAAUCUCCUCCUUUUUAAUUUUUUUUUUUUAACACAACCAACAUUUACGAAAGAUGAGUUAUAGAAUUAAUUACAUUGUAAAUAGAAUGUCAGGCUUAUUGUACAUAUUGCGCUUUUUGAAUAUUAAGAGAUUCAAUUACAAAUAUAUAUACGUUUAUAGAUUAUUUCUGUAUUGUAUUGUAAGAUAAACUUUUGUGUUAAAAACUUAGAAAUAUGAGGUGCAUAAUGAAGUAUAUAAAUAGUUUAUUUUUUUCUGCCAUAUAGUUUAUAUUAAUACACCGUUUUUGGUUCACCGUGUAUCAUUGUGCGAUUUUUAUAAUAUCGUCUGCUUUUUCACUCCAACUUUGUGUUAAGACGCACUGUUGAAAACGAUGAACUGCUUAACAAUAUAAACAUGAGUAAUAUUACACAUCAAUUACUUGACAUAUCAUUAGCAAUGGUGAUUCUAUUCUAAUACAUUAAACAGCUAAUGGUUCAUUAACAACUGACAAAGAAUAUUGAUGUAAGAUUAAUAUUUGAGGUAUAAUGAAGAAUGUACUGAGGAUGUUGGAAACCAAUGUUCCUAUAAACCAAAGUAUUUGACAUUGACUUAAUCGUUACGUCUCGUAAUUAUUAGAAAUGAUUAAAAUUGUCAGAAAAUGAAAACAAA